GCGGAGCGGGCGGCCGCCUACGCCCGCAACCUGUCGAGCUGCCUGGGCGACCUCGCGCGGCUCCACGCGGAGUUGGGGCUGCUGUCCUCGGAGCUCCGCCAGGUCCGCUCGCAGCAUGCUCAGCAGGGCGCGGACGCGGGGUCCUUCUACGCGCACACCCUCGGGCUCGUCGUGACGGGCAUCGUUACCCAGAUCGUGGGCGCGUGCGGGGAUACAGUUGGAGUCGCUCGAGUCGACAUGGCGCUGAUGCCGCGCCUGCAGCCGUACAGGGCCGAGGGGACCGCCGCCGAGGCGGCGGAGUUCUUCAAUGAGCUGUUGCCAGGCCGCGUCGUCACCUUCCACUAUGGCGAGGACCGCGGCAUCUGGCACGAACGCGUGCUGAUCUGGCCCGCCGACUCGCAGCGGCCCGCGACGCGGUGGACAAUCGCCACGCCCGACGGCGACGUGUACGACGAGGAGAGAGCCAGCGGCGCGGACGGCGACGGCCCCGACCAGGCAUCACUGACCUUCGGGGCCACGCCCGCUCGCCAGCGGCCCGCGGGCCGCGUCUACCGCUUCCGUGCCUAUCCCUCGGAGGCGGAGCUGCUGGACAUGGUGCGGGUCGCUCGGUGUGAGAUGCGUGCCUCUGGCGUGGACGUCGCCGAGCCUGCGACGUACGUGCGGAACGGCGACGUGCUGGGGGGCUUCACCACGGUCAGUUUCGGGGACGUUCUUGGCUUCUAUCGGCGGAUGGCGCGGAAGGCACCCGCGCUCGCGCCGGCGGCGGGAGGCCCCCCGUCUUCGGCGGCCCCUCCUCUGCCGGCGUCCGUCGCGGCGCCACCUGGACUCGGGAAUGACGCCGACGACGAGCCCGCGGGCAUCGGGGGGCCCCGUGCCCCGCCGCCUGGGGCUGCUGGCGCCCGCGUGCUGGUCAGCGCGGAGGCGCCGCCUCCUGGCGUGACCUGGGUCGCUGGCAAGUCGGCGGGGACCGAGAUCAAGCGCGGUGACGAGAUCCUCCCGACCGCGGGCGACGUCGUCUGGGGCGAGAGCGGGCUCCACGGGCUGCCUUCUGGGUUCAUCGUGCCCAUGGGAACCGUGAGGGACGGCGCUACCUCGACUUCCGCGAGUCGGUGGCGUCUAUGCGACAAGAGGUGCUGGACGAUUGGAGAGCGGAGCUACAAGUGGCUCUGUGAGUACAUCGUCGAGCACGGCGGCGCGGCUGACGGCCGCCAGACCAAGUGGAUGAGCGAGAGCGGGUGCGCGAAGGACUCGGCGGCGGCGCACUUCCACGACCUCCUCGGGCUCGCGAUCGAGUUCGCGCAGACCUACGACCAGGUCGAUGGCUCGGACCUGGCUUGCAUGGGGGUGGUGGCCAGGACCUACCAGCUCGCGGAGGAGACCAUGGGCAGCAUGAAGAUCUGCGCGACCGAGCAGCUGGCCAGGGAUGCCGAGAUCCAGAAGCAGAGGGGGAAGGCACGCGGGGAGAAGAGCGCCGCCUCUGGCAAGAAGGGGCAGGGGUGA